AUGACCCGCGUAUUUAAAAUUGUAUUGGCUCUGGUGUCUUUGGUCACUGUUGUUCGUGCCGCUGAAUAUAAUAUCACUACGCAAGGAUUAAAAUUUGUACCAGAUAAUCUUGAUGUUAAACCUGGUGAUAAAGUUACAUGGACAACUAAUGAUACGCAUACUGUUGUUCAAUCUGAUCAAGCUGAUUGUACUCAGUCAAAAGAGAAGAAUGCUUUUAAUUCUGGUGGAAACUUGAAACCUGAGGGAUAUUCCUAUACAAUUCCUUCAGAUGCUAAACCUGGCAAACUUUAUUAUUUCUGCGAAUUACCUGGUCAUUGCGCAGCAGGAAUGAAAGCAGUUUUAGUAGUUACGGAUGGUAAAAAUAGCUCAUCAACAAAUACAAGUAGCACUUCUUCAACUAACUCUAAUGCAUCAACCACAUCUGCACCCACUGCUUCCAAUACUAAACAAAGUUCCGCUGAUAAUUUGAAACGCUCUUUUGAAGUGGCAUUUAUUUUAUUAGCUUCUGCUCUUUAUUAUAAUAUUUUUUAA